UUUCUUAUUUUUGGAAAUAACAGAGAGCAAAGAAGGCUCUUCUGAAAGUGAAGCAACAGACCACCCCAAGCCACUGGUAGGAGACCAGACCUGGUGUUGAACGGGGAUGUUUGAGAGUAAGAUCUCUGAGAAGCAGAGAUAGCAUCAGCCUGCUCUUUUCUUCUGUAAUUAAGAGGGAGUCCCUGGAUCUUUGUAUUAGACCCUUUAAUCUAAGGGUUGCUAAAUGUUUUACAAACAUUAAUUAAUUCAAUUAGACUUUACACCACCACUUUGAGGCAGGUAAUUCCUCUUUGGGAUAUCACUUCUUUGCUUGCUACCACAGACUAUAUUUUGGGGCAGAUUAGGAUAAUUAAUAAUAACAGUAAAGCCUUGAGUUUAGAUAAAGUUCUAUAACUUAAGGUCUCAGGUGCUUUACAGAUACCAGAUUUGUGUAAUGAGGACUGAAGAGGAAGCUUGAGCCAGCUUAUUGGCAAUGAUGACAAGGCAGAAAUAUUGCACUUGUUUCAGGUUCUACUCCGUGCUAAAGACACAUGACCUUGAACAGCUCUUUGUGACCUCUUUAUGACUCAGUUUCUACAGCUUUCAAACGGGGGUGAUGUUAUUACUCACCUCCCUACUUCACAGAGAUGUUGCGAAGAAUAAUGUUUGUAAUAUGCUGUGAGUUCUCAGAUGAAAGAUGGAAAUUAACAUAUAAUGAAAUAUUAUUACCAUUUAUCAUCACACAAUCUAAAUGGGGCAGACAAGUGAAGCAUCAGCAUCCCCACGGUCCUGGCAGAGAAACCAGUCCUGCCAUUAUUUCCAUUGAACAUGUAUCAUAGACACUCACAGAGGCUGAGAACUGCUCAGAGCAACAGACAUGCUCCUGAAAUAAUCAAAAGCAAACUGAGAUGCCAGAUCAGCAGAGGUAGCGAAGUAUUUAUUUAUUUUUUUUCUGUUUUCCAUGUUCAUUCUAAUUUGGGAGAGACUAUUUGAGAAGAAAUGAGUGCAGGGAAAGAAUCAGAGAAUAAUCGAAGGAACUUUUCCUCUUGGACAUUCCUCUCAAUUCCAGGUCCUGUCGGCUGGUACCGGAUGAGAAGAGCCAGUUCCUAUGGUUAAAUGAUCACACAGCAAGGCCAGUGCAGAAAAGCAGCUGGAAUACAGUCAGCUGAGGAGCUGCAGUGGCUUGGCGAGUUGGAGUUCGUCCUGGAAGCAUCUGCCCGGCAAGGUCAGGGAGGAGGUGUGGAAUAACUUUUUCAUGGGGGACCAGUUUGAGAAGGGCCAGCACGCUUUGCUCAAUGAAGGAGAAGAGAAUGAGAUGGAAAUAUUUGGCUAUCGGACUCAAGGCUGCCGGAAAACUCUCUGCCUUGCCGGAUCCAUCUUCUCAUUUGGAAUCCUCCCCCUCGUGUUUUACUGGAGACCAGCGUGGCACGUAUGGGCACAUUGUAUCCCAUGUUCUUUGCAUGAAGCAGACACUGUGUUGCUGAGGACAACAGAUGAAUUUCAAAUUUACUCCUGGAAAAAGGUAAUGUGGAUCUACCUGUCAGCAUUAAACAGCGCAUUUGGUCUCACUCCUGACCACCCUCUCAUUACAGAUGAGGAGUGUAUCAUAAAUAGAGCUAUAAGAAAGCCAGACCUAAAGGUGAGAUGCAUAAAAGUGCAGAAAAUAAGAUAUGUUUGGAACUACUUAGAAGGACAGUUCCAGAAAAUUGGCUCUUUGGAAGACUGGCUCAGUUCUGCCAAGAUACAUCAAAAAUUUGGAACAGGCUUAACAAGAGAAGAACAAGAUAUUAGGAGGUUAAUAUGUGGGCCUAAUACUAUCGAUGUUGAAGUCACACCAAUUUGGAAACUGCUCAUCAAGGAGGUUUUAAAUCCAUUUUAUAUAUUUCAACUAUUCAGUGUCUGUCUGUGGUUUAGUGAAGACUAUAAGGAAUAUGCUUUUGCCAUCAUAAUCAUGUCCAUCAUUUCCAUAGCUUUGACAGUAUAUGAUCUCAGACAGCAAUCUGUAAAACUCCACCAUCUAGUGGAGUCACAUAAUAGCAUUACAGUCUCUGUAUGUGGGAGAAAAGCGGGAGUUCAAGAGCUGGAAUCACGUUUCCUGGUGCCUGGAGAUUUGUUAAUUUUGACAGGGAACAAAGUACUAAUGCCGUGUGAUGCCGUUCUGAUUGAUGGCAGCUGUGUGGUGGAUGAAGGCAUGCUGACAGGAGAAAGUAUUCCAGUCACCAAAACUCCGUUACCCAAGAUGGACAGCUCUGUGCCCUGGAAAACGCAGAGUGAAGCGGAUUACAAACGGCAUGUUCUCUUCUGUGGAACAGAGGUUAUCCAGGCCAAGGCAGCUUGCUCUGGGACCGUGAGAGCAGUGGUGCUGCAGACUGGAUUCAACACGGCAAAGGGAGACCUUGUGAGAUCCAUUCUCUACCCCAAGCCAAUGAAUUUUAAGUUGUACAGGGACGCUAUCAGAUUCCUCCUGUGCCUUGUAGGAACAGCCACCAUUGGGAUGAUCUAUACUCUGUGUGUCUAUGUGCUUAGCGGGGAACCUCCAGAGGAGGUGAUGAAGAAAGCCCUUGACGUCAUCACAAUUGCGGUUCCUCCUGCUCUACCUGCUGCUCUGACCACAGGCAUUAUCUAUGCCCAGAGGAGGCUGAAGAAGAGAGGCAUCUUCUGCAUUAGCCCCCAGAGGAUCAAUGUAUGUGGACAGUUAAACCUUGUUUGCUUUGACAAGACAGGCACCUUAACAAGGGAUGGCUUGGACCUCUGGGGAGUUGUGUCCUGUGAUAGGAACGGCUUCCAGGAAGUUCACAGCUUUGACUCGGGCCAGGCUUUGCCAUGGGGCCCACUGUGUGCAGCAAUGGCCAGCUGCCACUCUCUGAUCCUUCUUGAUGGGACCAUCCAGGGAGACCCUCUGGACCUCAAAAUGUUUGAAGCCACCACCUGGGAAAUGGCUUUUUCUGGGGACGAUUUCCACGUCAAGGGAGUGCCGGCACAUGCCAUGGUAGUUAAGCCCUGCAGGACGGCCAGCCAGGUCCCAGUGGAAGGAAUCGCAAUCCUGCAUCAGUUCCCAUUCUCAUCAGCACUGCAAAGGAUGACAGUCAUUGUCCAAGAGAUGGGAGGUGACCGACUGGCAUUCAUGAAAGGUGCACCAGAGAGGGUGGCCAGCUUUUGCCAACCUGAGACAGUACCAACUAGUUUUGUUAGCGAACUUCAGAUUUACACGACACAGGGCUUUCGAGUCAUUGCACUGGCCUACAAGAAGCUGGAAAAUGACCACCACACCACUGCCUUGGCGAGGGAGAAGGUAGAAUCAGACCUGAUAUUUCUGGGGCUGCUGAUCUUGGAGAAUCGAUUGAAGGAAAAGACAAAACCUGUCUUGGAAGAGCUCAUCUCAGCCCGGAUAAGGACUGUGAUGAUCACAGGUGACAAUCUUCAGACUGCCAUCACAGUGGCCAGAAAAUCUGGAAUGGUUUCUAAAAGCCAGAAAGUCAUUCUCAUUGAGGCAAAUGAAACCACUGGGUCCUCAUCAGCAUCUAUAUCUUGGACAUUAGUAGAAGAGAAGAAACACGUUACGUAUGAGAAUCAGGACAAUUACAUUAACAUCAGGGAUGAAGUCUCUGAUAACGACAGAGAAGGAAGUUACCAUUUUGCCCUAACUGGAAAAUCCUUUCAUGUUAUAAGUCAACAUUUCAGCAGCUUACUGCCAAAGAUACUGAUCAAUGGGACCAUCUUUGCAAGAAUGUCUCCCGGGCAGAAAUCCAGUCUGGUGGAAGAAUUUCAGAAACUGGAUUACUUUGUAGGUAUGUGUGGUGAUGGAGCCAAUGACUGCGGGGCUCUGAAAAUGGCUCAUGUGGGCAUCUCUUUAUCAGAGCAGGAGGCAUCUGUGGCCUCACCUUUCACUUCCAAAACUCCAAACAUUGAGUGCGUACCUCACCUUAUCAAGGAAGGACGUGCAGCUCUCGUUACCUCCUUUUGCAUGUUUAAGUACAUGGCUCUGUACAGCAUGAUUCAGUAUGUUGGUGUUCUGCUGCUCUACUGGAAGACAAACAGCCUUUCAAAUUACCAGUUUCUGUUCCAGGAUCUGGCCAUUACAACUCUUAUUGGUGUAACAAUGAAUCUGAAUGGUGCCUACCCCAAGCUGGUGCCUUUUAGACCUGCAGGACGACUGAUCUCUCCACCCCUGCUACUUUCUGUGAUUUUCAACAUUCUUCUCAGCCUGGCCAUGCACAUUGUGGGCUUCAUCCUGGUUCAGAGGCAGCCUUGGUAUUCCAUGGAGAUGCAUAGUGCCUGCACAUUUCAAAAUGAAAGCAUCUCAGAGUUAACCAUGUCUCCAACUGCUCCAGAAAAAAUGGAAAGUAAUAGUGCCUUCACAAGUUUUGAGAACACUACUAUCUGGUUCUUGGGAACAAUCAACUGUAUCAUUGUGGCUCUUGUGUUCUCUAAAGGAAAACCAUUUAGGCAGCCAACCUAUACAAACUAUAUGUUUGUCCUUGUGCUGAUAAUACAGCUUGGUGUAUGUCUAUUCAUUCUAUUUGCUGAUAUACCAGAAUUAUAUAGACGUUUGGAUCUGCUCUGCACUCCCAUCCUGUGGAGGGUCUCCAUUGUCAUCAUGCUCAGCUUGAAUUUCAUUGUGUCCCUAGUGACCGAGGAGGCCAUUAUUGAAAAUCGAGCCCUGUGGAUGAUGAUUAAAAGAUGUUUUGGCUAUCAGUCAAAAAGCCAGUAUCGGAUAUGGCAGAGGGACUUGGCAAAUGACCCCAGUUGGCCCCCACUAAACCAAACCUCCUACUCUGACAUGCCAGGUUGUGGCAGAGGGGUGUCUUACAGCAAUCCGGUAUUUGAGAGCAAUGAAGAACAACUUUGAAGUUCAUGUGAUAUCCAAGUUGAUAUUACAGAGAAACAAUGACAAAAGGGACCAGUUUCAUUGAUUUUAAGAAAUGAGACUCUUGCAACAUCAGCUGGAGUUUUGGGAUACCUAUCAAAUCAUGGUGACAGACUAAAGUCUGUUUGAUAAAAUACUUUCUACAGAGAAGAACAUUGACCCAGAAGAGUGCUUUCCUCUUGGCUUCUGAAGGUAUGAAGGUAUGGGAAGCAUUCAGUGAAGGCAAGAAUGGGCCAAGGAUUGCCAUGGAGACAAGCAGGCUAAAGGGGAAGAAUAUGUGAUCUUUCUUCUUAAGACAGGAUAACACUUUCCUUUAAAAAAAUGAGUUUAGGGGAAGUAGUCCUGUGUAUACUCAUGGAGUUGUAACAUGUUAAAGAUCACUUUUGAAUUUUUACUUCAUCAGUGGAAAAACUAAUGCAUGGGAAACAUUACACCAA